AUGGUGAAGGUGGGGCCAUGGGGUGGCAACGGAGGGAAUGUGUGGGAUAUGGGACAAGCCGACCACAUUACCAAACUUCGAAUCUAUUACGGAGAUAACAUUGUGGGGUUGGAGAUUACCUACAUUCUUAACGGUAAUUCCCACACCUACAAACGUGGAACCACCACCGGCGCUUCCAAGGAGAUCAUCCUUGAGGAGGACGAGUACUUCACUUCUAUCUCCGGAUACUUUCAUGCAUUAUCCAAUUAUCAGCGACAUGCAAUUGUGAUGUUGCUUACUCUUGAUACCAACAAGGGUGCAUCCAUAAGUGUCGGUAACAAGACUGGCUCUUCCUUCGCCCUUACUUUAGAGGAGGGGAGUAGGAUUCUGGGCUUCUUUGGGCGAGCUGGUGCUUCUUAUCAUGCUACACCUCUGAGGGAGUUUUUUGCUACAUAUAGGUCUGGAAACUUUGGUGUUGUCAAGAUGGGCAACUGUGGCACAGCGGACAUCAUUGGCAUGGGUGAUAUCCAUUUAAAGACCAACCUUGGCUGCAAGUUGGGGAGAAUGGUGAAGGUGGGGCCAUGGGGUGGCAACGGAGGGAAUGUGUGGGAUAUGGGACAAGCCGACCACAUUACCAAACUUCGAAUCUAUUACGGAGAUAACAUUGUGGGGUUGGAGAUUACCUACAUUCUUAACGGUAAUUCCCACACCUACAAACGUGGAACCACCACCGGCGCUUCCAAGGAGAUCAUCCUUGAGGAGGACGAGUACUUCACUUCUAUCUCCGGAUACUUUCAUGCAUUAUCCAAUUAUCAGCGACAUGCAAUCGUGAUGUCGCUUACUCUUGAUACUAACAAGGGUGCAUCCAUAAGUGUCGGUAACAAGACUGGCUCUUCUUUCGCCCUUACUUUAGAGGAGGGGAGUAGGAUUCUGGGCUUCUUUGGGCGAGUUGGUACAGCCAUUGACGCUAUUGGGAUUCACUGCUCAUUGCCUAACUAA